AUGAAGAGGUCCGAGCAAUAUCGCUAUUUCCCAGGUACGAGAAAUUGGAGAAGUACUCAAAGAUUUGAAGACUCGUGGUAUUACGUGUUCAUAAAUGACACAGAUAUGCACCCGAUGCUUUCUAGGCGAAGUGGCACAAAGAAAGAUCGUCGAAAGCAUAAUCUACUUACAAUUGGAGCUGUAGCCUAUCAGAUGCUCCGUGAUAGUCUCCAAAAGUUCCUGUCUCUUCCACACUGUUAA